CUCACUCCUCUCACUCCUACCCACCUUCGACUCACACUCGCUGGAUACCUUGUUCCAUCUCUACACUUUCUGUCCGAAUGGCUUCCUUUUUCUCUUCCCUGCUGCAAUGGUUCAGCGGGCUCUUCUUUUCCAAGGCGGCUGAGAUUGCUGUCGUGGGUUUGCAGGCAUCUGGGAAGACUUCCUUCGUGAACGUCUUGGGAUCGGGCCAGUGGAGCGAAGAUGUUGUUCCGACCGUUGCAUUUAAUCUCAGGAAGGUCAGGAAAGGGAACGUCACGCUGAAGAUAUGGGAUGUAGCCGGUCAACCGAGGUACCGGUCAAUAUGGGAACGGUAUUGCAGUGGUGUAGAUGCCGUCGUAUUCGUAGUCGACUCCGUGGAUAAGGAGAAAUUCGAGACAGCCCGUUUCGAGCUCCACCAACUCCUUGCGCAGCCCAGCCUCUCCGGCGUCCCGCUUCUAGUGAUUGGGAACAAGAACGACCUGGAGGGCCAUGCGUCUGUCCAAGAGCUUAUCAAGGCGCUUCAACUAGAUAAGAUUACUACGCGUCCUGUCUCGUGUUAUUCAUGUUCGAUGAAGAGUCAACAUAACCUGGAUAUCGUCUUGCAAUGGUUAGCUGGACGGAGUCACUGAUCUCAUCCUAUCUCGUUCCACAUACAUUACAUACAUGCUAUUGUGUACUCGGAGGACUCUCUUUUGGAUCGCUCUCUGUACUUCUCACCCCUGUUGACCUGUUGCUCACCACUAUUCCUUACGACUCCCUUUAUUCCCUUCGCAUACAAGGGCUUCGUAUGCGUGUACCGUCAAACGCGUAAUCGCAUAUGUAUGCACGCAAGAGAUCCUGAAGCAAUACACAAGUCUCACUUCAACCCGUCAAUCCCUAGUCCGUCUCCAUCCUAUCCCCGCUCCCACUCCCACUUCCCUCGCCCUCGCCCUCCCUCCGCGCCUGGUCCUGCAGCGCCCGCAAGAACGGCUCAACCCCCGUCCCCGCCUCGGCCGGCAGCCCCAGCGUCCGCACCAAGUCGCCGAGCAAGCCCGUCCGUAGCGCCGUGUCGAGGUUCCUCACCGCCGCGCGGAACUGCGGCGACUGCACGACGCGCUCGAGCGUCUCCACCGUCGGGGGCGUGGGCAGGUCCGGCGGGAGGUGCAGGAAGAGCGCCUGCACGAGGUCGGGGCGCGAGGCGAACAAGGGCCGGAGGUUCGCAGGCGUGAGGACGUCCGUGAGGGAGAUGUCGAGCUGCGGCGGCUGCAGCGACUGGGCGAGGGAGGAGCCUGCGCCGUUGUUGGUGCCGAGGGAGGAGAGGAUGGAGUGGAUGCGGGCGAGCUCUUCGGGCGUGGCUUGGGCGGUGCCCGAGGGUUGUGACGCGGCAGCUGCAGAGGUGGACGCGGCGGGGGCGGAGGUCGAGCCCGAGGCCUGGUUGUGGGGGUUGUAGCCCUCGGAGUACCAGAUGGGGACGAUAGUCGGGUCCGCGAGUAGGCGGUUCACGUUUCCGACGAAUUCUUCGUCGCGGCGGCUGUCAGCAUCCUGCAUCCAGAAGAAGUGCCGCUGGUUCGACGAAGAGAACUUGAGGACGUACGUGCGGCCCCAAGCGGACUGCUCGACCUUCUGGAACGUCGCGUCCCCAGGGAACAGGAUGAGGUCCUCCUCAGCGUCGUCCGUCGACCGGUUCUUCCAAAUCAAGUGCAGCAGGCCGUCCUCGCCGUUCUGGAGGAGGAUCGCGCCCUUGGUCGGGUCCGGGUCGACAAAGUUAGUGCUCCCUCGCCGAAAUGCGCGGCCUGCCUUGAAUGCAAUUCGCGUCUCUGCCAUGCUUUGUGGCCGAUGUAACGGGCGUGGUGUGGAUAGGCAGGAAAAGCACAAUAGGUGGAGGAUUACGAGGAGAC